UUUUCCACGUUUGCAAACGCCGCAGCGCGCCCAGCUCCAACCCGCGCCGCCCGAGCUCCGCACGCCCUCGCCGGCUCCGCGUCGCGCCCCACGCCCACCCCUCGCUGCUCUCCUCGUCGCCACCCCUCCCCCCCCGAUGGCGUUCAGGGCCAGGGGCUGGCGGUCCCCACCGCCGCCGCCGCUGCUGCUACUGCUGCUCUGGGUGACGGGGCAGGCGGCCCCCGUGGCGGGCCUGGGCCUCGACACGGAGCUGCAGAUCGAGCGGCGCUUCGUGCCCGACGAGUGCCCGCGGACCGUGCGCAGCGGCGACUUCGUGCGCUACCACUACGUGGGGACGUUCUCCGACGGCCAGAAGUUCGACUCCAGCUAUGACAGAGACUCCACUUUCAACGUGUUUGUGGGAAAAGGACAACUGAUUGCAGGCAUGGACCAAGCUCUGGUUGGGAUGUGUGUAAAUGAGAGGCGCUUUGUGAAGAUCCCCCCAAAGCUUGCCUAUGGAAGUGAAGGAGUUUCUGGUGUGAUCCCCCCAGAUUCAGUUCUUCAUUUUGAUGUACUCCUGAUGGACAUUUGGAAUUCUGAAGAUCAAGUUCAGGUUCACACUUAUUUCACACCUCCCAGUUGCCCUCGGACCAUCCAGGUGUCUGAUUUUGUAAGGUACCACUACAAUGGAACGUUCUUGGAUGGGACACUGUUUGAUUCAAGCUACUCACGGAACCGCACCUUUGACACGUACAUUGGGCAGGGCUACGUGAUUGCUGGCAUGGAUGAAGGUCUACUGGGUGUUUGCAUCGGUGAGAAGCGGAGGAUUGUGGUUCCCCCUCACCUCGGCUAUGGAGAGGAAGGAAGAGGUGAGUGCUGGCUGCUUCCAAGCAAUUCAGUUCUUCAUUUUGAUGUACUCCUGAUGGACAUUUGGAAUUCUGAAGAUCAAGUUCAGGUUCACACUUAUUUCACACCUCCCAGUUGCCCUCGGACCAUCCAGGUGUCUGAUUUUGUAAGGUACCACUACAAUGGAACGUUCUUGGAUGGGACACUGUUUGAUUCAAGGUGGAAUUUAGGCAAGACAUAUAAUAUUGUUUUGGGAUCUGGACAAGUUGUGUUGGGAAUGGAUAUGGGUCUCAGAGAGAUGUGCGUUGGAGAGAAACGGACAGUGGUCAUUCCACCCCACCUGGGCUAUGGGGAGGCUGGUGUGGAUGGAGAAGUGCCCGGCAGCGCCGUCCUGGUGUUUGACAUUGAGCUGCUGGAGCUCGUGGCCGGUCUGCCUGAGGGGUACAUGUUCAUAUGGAAUGGCGAGGUGUCACCCAACCUCUUUGAAGAAAUCGACAAGGAUGGUAAUGGAGAAGUCCUCCUCGAAGAGUUCUCAGAGUACAUUCAUGCCCAGGUGGCAUCUGGCAAAGGGAAACUCGCUCCUGGUUUUGAUGCUGAGGUGAUUGUGAAGAAUAUGUUCACCAACCAGGACCGGAAUGGAGACGGGAAGGUCACGGCAGAAGAAUUCAAACUCAAAGACCAGGAGGCCAAACAUGAUGAACUCUAAACCUGACUCAGGCCACUUGUGUGACACCAAGCCCCCUGUCGUGGCAGAACAUGAAGUGAGGCGUAAGGGUCUCUCAGAAGGGGAAUGGUCCACAAGCAGUAGACGGUCACACAGUACCUGGGGCAUGUCAGGGAUGGGUUGAUAAACAUGGUGAGAACUUUAGGCCACAUGCCAGUGAUACGAAACAAAAUUGGUUCGAGGUGCCUUAGCAGGGGCUGUGUAGAAUAUUGAAAAGGCUGCCCUGUCAGCCAUUGUUUUGUGAGGCUUCCGGGUAGUUUUGUUAUUAAAGGAAAAUAGUGUCAUACAGAAGUUACAACCAUCUUGGAGGGAACAGAAGAGAAAGUGUCCAGGAUAUCCACAUAAAGAGGAUCCACAUUUUUUUGUUUUUUAACUUGCUGGUGUUUUAAAAGUGUUCUCCAGAUGAGCAGAAAAGACAAAGGGCAUGUCCCAGCAGCAUUCCCCGAAAGCCCCAGAAAACUGUCAGUGGCCUGUACAGGUUCUGGUAAUGCCCAGCUUCCACUUCCUGCCACACACACACACGUACAGCUCGUACAUGUGUGCUUUUGUAGUUAAUCAGGCCCUACCUGUUGUGGUCUUCUGAUUGGCUGGGUAACUUGGAGGUUAAGAAGAAAAUCAGUGGACCAACAAAAGGCAUCUUGGACCACGAGUAGAGAAUUUGAUUCUGUGUUUACCAUGCAAGAUUAUCUGCUUCACCCUUUCUUACUCCCAUUGCUCUGUCCUCCCUGAAUCUUUCGGUCAGAUAGAUAUGCACAGGGCUGGUGGCUAAGCCGUGCUCCAGAGUAUCUCACUGUGACCAAGAUGGAAAUGUCACUCUAACAGAUGAGCAUAAACAAGGUGACAUAUUUCCACUCAUUCGUGUCCUGGAGAGGGAGGUGCCCGAAAGCCCAGGGGCCUCUGUGUAGGGAAACAAGGACAUGGUUAUCUUCUAGCCUGUCCCCAUGUUACGCAGUAACCACCUUGCUGCCUUACGUGCUCUGUUCCCAAGUGGUGGUGGCAUCCACCCUGAAGUAAUCAAUGAUUUUCCUUUGGAAACUGCUUUAUUUUACUAAUUUAAACUGUUUUGUACUGAUGUAGCUCUGAGAUAGUUCAUGAAAAUGCUGUGCACUCAUUCAGUGGAAUAAAUGUUGGAAGACUCAUCGUUUCGUAUAUAAAAAAUUGAAUUAUAACAUCA